CUGCUGCCGAGACAUUCCCCUCUGCCAUUCCUCUCUGAAUAGUCGCUUCAGUCCGCGAUGGAGUGCCGGACAUAGCAGACGGGACUCAUGACCGCUCGGCUCUAUCAAAGCGCACUGUCUUACGCAUGUGGUUCAUGUGGAAGUGUGGGAGAAGUUUGAAUGGCACAAGAGCUGCUCAAAGACAACUUUAGAGAGCAAGAAUGAAAAUAAGAUUUGCUCACUACAUACAAAGAUUGAGACACAGGUGCUUCCUGUUUUCUCUAUCACUGCUGGUGGUCUGUCUGCUCAAGCUGGUCUACAAUAAAGUGACAGUGAGGGACAGCGUUUACAUCGACCCCUAUGGAAUCACUGUCAGCAUAUCCAGAAUCCACAACCACAGGUAUGACGUCAACUGCACUGCUAUUUACGAGCUUGACCCUGUGGAGAUAGGCAAAGCUCUUGAGAUAAAAAGGAAAGUCAUUGCUGACGUAAAUGAUGAUAGCACUGUGAGUUUGACAUCAGACUGUCAAACAUUUAUCAAAACAAGGGCUUACAAUGAGAUUCCAGUGUCAGAAGCAGAACGGAGCUUCCCAUUGGCUUACUCUCUGGUGGUGCAUAAAAAUGCACCCAUGGUGGAACGUAUACUUCAUGCCAUCUAUGCACCACAUAACAUCUACUGCAUUCACUACGAUCAGAAGUCCUCUCCAGCAUUUAAAAAGGCCAUUGAAAACCUUGCCCAGUGUACUCCAAAUGUGUUCAUUGCGUCAAAAUUGGAGUCUGUAGAAUAUGCCCACAUCACCAGGCUUAAUGCCGACCUCAACUGCCUCUCUGACCUGCUAAGGUCAGAGGUCAAGUGGAAGUAUGUCAUCAACCUGUGUGGCCAGGACUUUCCUCUCAAGUCAAACUAUGAACUGGUAAUGGAGCUGAGGCAGCUGAAUGGCAGUAACAUGCUGGAGUCCAGCCGACCCAGUGAACUCAAGAAACAGCGCUUCCACUACCAGCAUGAGCUGAAAAAUGUGCCUUAUGAGUACCAUCGUAUUCCUGUCAAAACCAUAGUGACCAAAGAUGUUCCUCCUCACAGUAUCGAGAUGUUCAUUGGGAGUGCGUAUUUUGUCCUAUCAUGGGAUUUUGUAUAUUACAUUAGCAGUAGCCAGGUGGCAAAGGACUUUCUGUCAUGGUCUGCUGACACAUACUCACCAGAUGAACACUUCUGGGCAACUCUUGUCAGGGUCCCUGGGGUUCCAGGACACAUUCCCAGGUCAGAAGCGGACGUUACAGAUCUGAGGAGUAAGACACGACUUGUAAAAUGGAAUUAUUUAGAAGGAAGUCUUUACCCAGCUUGUACAGGUACACACAUGCGUAGUGUUUGCAUCUACGGAGCUGCUGAACUCCGCUGGCUCCUUAACUAUGGCCACUGGUUUGCUAACAAAUUUGACCCCAAAGUGGACCCGAUACUGAUUAAGUGUUUGGAGGAGAAGCUGAUGGAAAAACGUCAGUACAUGCGAGCACAAUACUGAAAAGGAGAGAGAAUGUGAAAAGGAGAGGAGAGAGUAGAUUCAGUAAUUAUUAUAGGAUUACUAGGCAAUGGUGUGGAAUUACAGAUAUGAAAAGUAAGAAAGUACAUCUACUCAAUUACAGUAAGUUUUGAGAUGCAGGCACUUUAUUCAAGUAUUUUCCUUUUUUUCAACUCUAUUACCUAUUUCCAUGAAAAAUAUUGAACUUGCUAGUGUACACAUUUGUUUUAUGACUACUAAUGACUUUGCAGAUUAAGACUUCACAAGCAAACACAUGAUAAGGACAUAAAAUGAGGAUUCCUAUAGUUUAGAUUACCUAACACUGUGGAGAGAACAUCUGAACCACCUACAUUAAAACACUGCACCAAUAAUGCAUCUGUAAUUUCACACUGAAAGGGAUCAUUAUUCAAAAUUACUUAUUUUACUUUUUUAACAAGGUACAUUUUACAACUAUUUCUAAAAUAUUGAUUGCUGGACUUUUACUUGUAAUAAAUUAUUUUUACAAUGUGGUAUUGCUAACCUCUGCUAGAUUAUAGCAUCCUGCUGCUGCAGGAUACUGCACUAGCUCAGCAGGGAGUCUCCUUUUAACCAUAUUGAAAGCCUGACAAUGAUUCUUCUUAAUCAUUGUCAGGCUGUAGCUUUCAGUGACUACACAAAACAUUUGAUCACUAACAGAAGGAAAUGAAAAAGUGCCUAUAAAAUAAGAAUAAUAGGUAAUAGGAAAUGCUAUCCUUAAAAUAAGUGCCACCUGAUAUCAAAUGCAAUUACAGUGUCUAUGUUGUUAUUGAGUUUGAUUCCAGGCACUGCUCUUAUAUUGAGAAUAGAAAUACCAAAGAUUCAUGUUGUUCUUGUGUAUUCUGUAAUGCCCCAUCAAAUUU